GUACUUUGUGCUGGACUUUGAGACGGGGAUUCUGCAGUAUUUCGUGAAUGAACAAAGUAAAAACCAGAAGCCACGAGGAGCCUUGUCUUUAGCUGGAGCUAUAAUAUCACCCAGUGACGAAGUGCCACACAUGUUGGUGGUCUACUCUGCUAAUGGAGAGAUGUAUAAGUUGAGAGCUGCUGAUGCAAAGGAGAAACAGUAUUGGAUAACUCAGCUUCGAUCUUGUGCGAAACAUCACAGGGAAGGUAAUUCUAAGAGCAUUUCAUCGUCGCGAAGUAGAAGCUCAUCUCUGCUGCCGCCUGGUACAGUUAAUUCUUCAUCGCCUAGUGGCCAAAAACAUGUGAAUCAAAGUGGGCCAACUGUUGUAACCAUCACACAUCACAAAUCACCUGCAGCUGCUCGAAGAGCCAAGAGCCAGCGUUCUGGUCAACUCCAUGAAGUCAGAGAGAUCAUGAGCCAAGUUGAAGGACAACAAAAGAAUCUUGUACAAGCCAUCGAAGCUCUCCCAAGUUCUGGGCCCCUUUCUGCCUUGGAUCAGGACUUGCUGCUUUUAAAAGCUACCUCUGCUGCCACCCUGAGCUGCCUUGGAGAAUGCCUGACUCUGUUACAGCAAAGCAUGCAUCAAGUAGGCCAGCAUCAUAACAGGACACUGUCAUCAGAAGGUAUCCUGGGAUGGCCUGGGCCCAAGUCACACUCCACAGAGCAACUGAAAAACGGUGCCCUCAGCUCCUUAUCAUCUGCUAGUGCCAACAUUACAUGGGCAAUAGUACCAUCUGCAGCCCAGGAUGGACAGGCACUACAAGCAAAUACCGAGCAUUCAGCUUCUGAGUUGAUCCUAGUUGAAGAUGAAAUGACAGACACUGAAGAUAAUGAAGAGGAGGAUUUAGGAGUCAUGGAUGAUCAACGUAGUGUAAUUCUCCAUCUCAUCUCUCAGCUCAAACUUGGCAUGGACCUUACCCGG